AUGGACCCCCUAACAACCGCCCUCACCAAAAUCGACGCCCUUCACUCCGAAGACCCCAAUAAACUCACCGACACCAACAUCCCCUACGAACUACACUACGCCGAGAAAAUGACCAGCUAUCUGUACAAACACACCCCGAACCCCUCCCCGGUCCUCCAACUCGCCAUCCGCGCUCAGCAUCUCAAGCGCUGGGAAGUACCCCGGGGGACUUACCCCGAUGGUAAAAUAGGGUACUAUUCCUGGCGGACGGCAGUGGCGCGCCGCCAGGCUGAGAUAGCGAUGAAGGUGUGUCUGGAGAGUGGCAUUGGAGAGGCAGAGGCGGAGCGCGUAGGCCGGUUGAUUCGAAAGGAAGGGUUGAAGGGGGGUGAGGAUGCGGAGGCGCAGAUUUUGGAGGAUGUGGCGUGUUUGGUAUUUUUGGAUGAUCAGUUCGAGAAGUUUCAAGAAAAUUAUGAUGAUAACAAGGUGGUGGAUAUUUUGACGAAGACGUUGAAGAAGAUGUCGGAGCGGGGGAAGGAGUUGGCGAUGGGGUUGAAGAUGGAGGGGAGGCCACAUGAGUUGGUUACUAGAGCUGUGAAUGGGGCUUAG